CCCGGUUACAUCCGGUUCGAGCACUACUGAAAAAAAAAUGUCAGGAGACAAGAACCUGCCAAACCGGCCUAACAACGAGGGACCUAAAAUCAAGACAUCUUCAAUUAUUGACGACUACAUAGUUCAAUGGAACCAGAAGCUUGGCACAGGCAUCAGUGGACCAGUAAGGCCAUGUACAAAGAGGAACAAUUGUAAGAAAUUUGCCCUGAAAUGUCUGCUGGACAUCCCGAAAGCUAGGACAGAGGUUAAUCUGCAUAAGAUGUGCAGUGGCCAUGACAAUAUUGUGUCUGUGUAUGAUGUGUAUGCUAAUGAUAUACAAUUUCCAGGGGAACCACAUGCAAAACCUAGACUCUUGGUGGUGUUGGAGUAUAUGCAGGGUGGAGAAUUCUUUGACAGAAUCAGUAAAGAAAGUGGAUUCACAGAAAGAAAAGCAGCCAAGUACCUUAGACAGAUCGCAAAUGCAGUUCUAAGAUGCCACAGCCUAAAUAUUGCCCACAGGGACUUAAAACCAGAGAAUCUGCUGUUGAGAGACAAUACAGAGGAUGCUUUGGUGAAACUGACUGAUUUCGGAUUUGCUAAAAUUGACGAUGGAAAUCUUCAGACGCCUCAUUUCACUCCGUACUACGUAGCUCCCCAGGUUUUAGAAGCUCAUAAAUAUCAAUCAAAGCAGAAGAGAGGAGUCAUACCUACCUCCAAACCAUACACCUACGAUAAGAGCUGUGACAUGUGGAGUAUGGGUGUUAUUUUGUACAUCAUGCUGUGUGGCUACCCUCCAUUUUACUCGGAGACACCAACCAGACAGAUCACGUCGGCCAUGAGGAAGAAGAUUCUCUCAGGACAGUAUGAGUUCCCUGAGGAUGACUGGCAGUAUAUCUCAGAUUCUGCUAAAGAUGUUGUGAAAAGUUUACUACAUGUAGAUCCAUCAGUCAGAAUGAACAUCCAUGAGUUGCUCAGUCAUCCGUGGUUAAAUGAGGCUCCGGACACCAAACUACAGUCACCUGCUGUGUUUAUGGACAAGAUUGGUAUGGAAGAUAUAAAAUUAGCACAUUCACAACACCUGACAAGCAUGAGAAUACCGGAUAAUAAUGUCACGCUCAAACCACUGACAGACACGGAAAACCCAAUAUUCCGUAAACGGAAGUUAAGACAAAGCAGUAUAGACGAUAGCAAGGAAAGUCUGGAACCCUCCCCUCAAAAGGUCAAGGCCGAUAAUCUCAAGGUCAGGGCCCUGAGGGACAUUAUAGCCUACUGUGUCCUUCCUCCUAAAGUGGACGAUGAUGAAAGUGUACUGAACAAUUUGGUAACCAAGGCUAUGCAGGAAUCAGAAGUCAAAAAUGGAAUUUGUAAUGUUCUUGAUUCAUGGAAAUGGGAUGGUAAUAAAUUUCAGAAAAAGGUAGAAAAAGCUAAAUUAGCACAGGAACUAAGUUUGCUAGUAAGAAGUAUAACAGAGUCUAAUUCCCACACAGAAGACCCGGACUCCUGACGAGGAACUACCUCUUAAAUCUCCAUCUGUAAUAUACAGCAUCUUCAUUUGUCAAAACAAAACUGCACAAACACCUGUAAAUGUCACCAUGUUAUCAUUUACCUCUUAUGUCUGAGAUAUGGCUGUUUAAGAAAUAAUUAACGAUGAUUCGUGUAUUAUUGCAGGAUAUACAACGAGGACGAGGAUAUUUUGCAAUUAAAUUAAUAACGAAGGCCGCAGGCCUGAGUUAUUAAUUAAAAUUGCAAAAUAUCCGAGUCCGAGUUGUAUAUCCUGCAACAAUACACGAGUCAAAGUUGAUUAUUUCUAUUCUACCAUGUACUGUUUAGUUCUGAGAUUGACCUCUUUCUAAUAGAAAAACAGCAAAGAAACCUUGUAAUUUAUUUC